AUAUCGUUGUUUUUUGUUUUUGAUUUUACUAAUUGCAGCCGGUUGAAUUUAAAUAGAGAUAUUAUGUCUGGACCGGAUGUGUUGAAAGGCCCUCCCAAAGCUCCUCCACCCGCACCUCCAACUCAGGCUCCUAGAAAGCAAGAAUCCAAAUCAGCGGUCAAUGGUAAUAGUGUCAAAGAAUACAUCAUAUCCGACAAAGAUCCCGUUGGUUUUGAUCUUUUGCCAGAUCAAUUGGUAAAUAAAUGUGUCGAAAGAGGAUUUCCACUUAAUAUACUAUGCCUAGGUAAACGUUAUGUCAAUCUUGUAUAAAAUAUAAAGAUCUGUAGGGCUUACAAUUGUAGGAUAAAAGACAAAAUUCCAUUUUGAAAUUUGCAAUAGAUCAUUUUUCAAACAUUCAAAAAAAAAAAAUAACCUAUUAAAUCACCUUAUUAUUAUCGAGGCGCCAUCUGACUGGCGCUCGAUUGAAUCUCUUAAAAGUUCAUAUGCACAAAAAGGUUCGCAACGAUUCAAGGGGAGAGGAGCCCGUAUCGUUUAUUAGCAAUACCAGUGAAUUAACAAGUAGAUGUUUUACGUUUGAUCAAUCUGAUUCGUUUGUUGACAAUUCAUUAAUAGUUGAAUUUAAUGAAAGAGCCUCUACUCAUAGGAGUUUAGGAGAUACAUUAACAGUUGACGAAGAUUGCAUGCAAUCAAUGGAUAUCUCUGAUUCGGCAAAUAGUACAGCCGGCUCUCAUGAUAUUAAUAUAUCACUCAGGACUGCUUUUAAUAAAAAUUCUUCAAAUUUUACUCAGGAUAUGAUUGCACAGGAUCCAACAGCAUAUAAAUCUUUUAAUAGAGAUGAAAUGAUAGUAUUUGAUAACGAAUCUUUAGCUGAUCAAGUAUGGAGGAGUGAAGCAACAAAUUACUAUUAUUUCAAUAUACUAUGUGUAGGUUCGAAUCUAUAAUAGCUUAUCGAUCUCGUAUAUUUUUCGCAUAUUUUGCCGACAGUAAUAGUAGAGUAAUUAGAUAUCUUUUACUAUAUUCUAUUCUUCACAAUACAGGCGAAACUGGUAUUGGAAAAUCUACUUUAAUGGAUACUUUGUUCAGGAAGAACUUUGAUACAAAACCAGCUGCCCACAAUGACAAUGAAGUUACUCUAAAAGAGCAUAGACAUGAUAUGCAAGAGAAGCAAGUUCGUUUAAAGUUAACUAUUAUUGAUACUGUUAAUUUCUCAGACCAAAUAGACAAAUCAGAAAGUUACAAACCUAUUGUCAAAUAUAUUGAAGAUCAGUUCGAAUCCUAUCUACAAGAAGAGUUAAAAGUUAGACGAGCUUUACACGCCUAUCACGAUACCAGGGUUCAUGUUUGCUUAUAUUUCAUUCCUCCAACCGGCUUAACACUAAAGGAAUUGGACAUUGCCACUAUGAAAGCUCUUGAAAAGAGAGUCAAUAUAAUUCCAAUAAUUGCCAAGGCCGAUUCCAUUACUAAGCCGGAAUUACUGCAAUUUAAGACAAAUAUCAUUCAAAAACUUAAAGAGCAUAAAGUUCAUAUAUAUCAGUGUCCAACUGACGACCCAAUCGUUGCCAAAGCUAAUCAGAAAUUCAAUGAGGAUAUGCCUUUUGCGGUUGUCGGUAGCACGGAAGAGAUUAAGCAAGGUGGUAAAACUAUCAGAGCUAGACAAUAUCCUUGGGGAAUAGUUCAAGUUGAAAAUGAGCAACACUGCGAUUUUGUCAAACUUCGGGAAAUGUUCAUAAGAACGAAUAUGGAGGAUUUAAGAGAAACCACUCAUAGUGUUCACUAUGAAUUAUAUAGAAAGACCAAAUUAAGCGAAAUGGGAUUGGUUGAUGACGAUAAAAAGUCGUUACAAGAAGCAUAUCAAGAAAAGAAAAGGGAACAUAAGCAAAAUAUGGAAAGAGCUGAAGAGAAUGUUAGAGAAAAUUUUAUCAGAAGAGUUAAAGUAAAGGAGUCUGAACUGAAGGAGAAAGAAAAAGAGUUGCACGAUAGAUACGAGGAAUUGAAAAAACAACAUUCGGAAGAGAAAAGAAAGCUUGAAGAGGAUAGAGAUCGUUUGAAAGCCGAAAUGGAAGAUUUCAAUAAAAGAAAGACUUUAGGGUCAUCCAAGAGAAAGAAGUAAGCUUUGUAGAGCUAAUCAAUGUACUUAUAAUAUUGCUAUAUAUGAAAAUUAAUAGGUGCUCUUUGCAUUUUUUUUUCACUUUUUGAUAUUAUAUUGACUAAUUAAUGUUGUCGUUAGUUGAAUUAUUUCUUUUACACUCUUUUAGUAUUUCUCUUGAGCUUGAAAAAUCAGAGUGGUAAGCCAUUAGAUCUAAAAAAAACAUCCAAAAAAAAUGUUCAAAAACGCUUAAUUACGGACUUAUGUUUUCAACUAUCUUGAAUAUACCUCUUUUUAUUUUAAAUAAUCUGUAUAUGUUUAUAUUAUAUCUAGUAUGAAACUAUUGCUACUACUCUUUUUGCGUUAUCAUACGUGUUUUGUAUAUUUAGAAAAUAAUGAAAAAGUUGAAAUUUUGACUUUUUUGCGAAAAUUCUGGA